AAAUAUAGGGCGAGCCACUAUCUACGAAAGUGACCUGUUCACGUCUUAUCAGUAGAAGACUGUUCAGCAUGACCUGUGGACGGAUACCGGUGCUCAUCCUGUUAGCUGUGUGGACUGCAGAGACAUGUCUAGGAUUUCUGUUCAAAACUCAAGUUUGUUACGAACAUGUGGAUUGCUUCUCAAAUCACAAACCAUUUGACAACUCAUUUGAGGCACUUCCGGAAUCCCCAGAGGAAAUAGAUGUCACGUUUACACUGUUUAUGAGAGGUGGCCCGACAAAAGGGGUCACAUUUGACUACAAAGACACCAAUGUCGACGUCAUACGUAGUUCCGGUUUCGCUGCAAAUAAACCAGUAAAGAUGAUUAUCCACGGGUACAUGAGUAGUGCUUACGAAGUCUGGGUACACAACAUGACUAACGCCUUCCUAUCAAGGGGUGACUUCAAUGUCAUAACGGUGGACUGGAAGGUUGGAGCCAGUAAGCUGUACCAACAGUCUGUCUCCAACACCAGACUAGUAGGUGCGCUUUGUGCUAAGCUCUUGUCGACAUUGCGUGAUGUAUUUCACGUGGACAUGACGAAAACUCACGUGACCGGACAUAGCCUUGGCGCACAGACUGCUGGGUAUAUAGGAAGUAGGAUUCCUGGCCUUGGCAGAAUAACGGGUCUGGAUCCGGCCGGGCCCCUAUUCGAAGAUUACACUCCAGAAGUUCGUCUUGAUCCUUCAGACGCUUUGUUUGUCGACAUCAUUCACACGGACGCUGUGCCCAUCCAUGAUGCCGGAUUCGGAAUGAAAAAACCGUGCGGCCACAUUGAUUUCUACCCGAAUGGACUGAAUGAACAGCCCGGAUGUCCACCCCCAGUCAGUACCACGCUCGAGCAACUGGUGUCCAUGGCUUUCACAAAUGCGUUUGAGUCUGUGGCUUGCAGUCACGAACGGGCCGAAGGCUUGUUUACGGAGUCGUUACUGCAGGGUUCCUGUCAGUUUACCGCCCACCCCUGCUCCUCCUACGACGACUAUGUGGCCGGAAGAUGUCCAGGGUGCGGCGCCGGACCAUGUCCGGUUAUGGGCUACGACUCUAACCUUGGCAAUCGGACAGGAAGCUUCUUCUUGACCACAUCCGGUCACUCACCGUACUGUCAGUAAUUACCAGCCUUCGGUAUAUUACAACUUAUUGCGAUUCGGAGAACCCACUUUGAGUUCAUUUGUUAAUGACUUUAAGAUAAAUAUGUUUUAAAACAACAA